UGUCCGCUCAAAAAGUUUUUUGUGGUAAUUAGGGAUCAGACAGUUUCCGGCCGAAUUAAAAUUGUUAACACCAGUGUUAAACAGAUAAGGGGUUUAGAAGUAAUCUGUAAAGGCGAAGCAUUCACCAGUUGGCAAAGACGCAGUUUAAAGUUAAAAGCGGGACAGUACGUGCACAAAAAGAAGAAUUUUCUGAUGUAUGAAGGAAAAGAAAAGUAUUUUAGAUACAAAUAUUUUUUAUUGGGUGGUAAAGGUCAAGAAAUCGAAUUGCCACCGGGUGACCACUUUUACACCUUUACUUUUGUAUUACCUUCCGAUUUACCCCCUUCAUUUGAACAUUCGAAAGGUUACAUAAGAUACAGCCUAAAGGCAAGACUAGUCCGGCCCUGGAAACCAGAUCAGAUAGCUUCGAAAGUUAUAACUUUGGCAAACAACUUCGACCUCAAUUCUGUCCCUACAUUACGCGAGCCCAAAUCAGUAAAGAACGAACAAACGGUCGGGUACUUUUGCUUCGCGUCUGGCAUAGUAAGUUUAACAAUAUCUACUCCCCAAACAGGAUACGUGAGCGGGGAAAAAAUGACCGUAGCCUGCGAAGUGGAAAACGAGUCAAGUGUGAAAGUACAAGGAAUAAGAUUUUAUCUAAAGCAGCUGCUACAUUUUUCCGCUACUUAUCCGUUUAAGGAAACGGAGCGUAAAGAAUUGAAAUUGGCCAAGAAGAUUCGGCGAUGUCAAAUACUCGCCGGUGAAGUCGAUAAAUUUCAAACAAACAUCACUGUUCCUGAGGUAGCUCCGUCGAAUUUGUCUCGCUGCAGUAUCAUUGACUUGAAAUACGAACUGGAGGUUGUGGUCAAUCUUGGUUCGUUUCACAAUGAACUAACAGCAACCAUCCCCAUCACAAUCGGUUCUGUUCCUUUAGCGCAGGGUAGUAAUUCUAAUCCCACAGCUCCCGAACUAAAUGCCCAAUCUCUUACUUCCGUACUAAGUUGGCUAAGCGUCCUGGCAACACCAUUACUCUCCAAAAAUGGACAACAAACGUACUUUUCGUCAGAUGUACUGGAAUGUCCGCAAAACCCGAAGGCACCGAGCGAAUUCAAUUCAUAUAGCACUUGUUCGUACCCAGCAAUCGCAAAUCAAAGUCCAUCAACUUUAAUGAGUUGCAUGGAAAGCGGUUGCAGUAUUUCCAAACCUAAUAAUGAUACUUGUCAAAACCUUUUAGAGUCUGUAAGUACAUUGAAAACAACGUAA